AUGUCCGCCACGCAGGUUGUCAAGUCCCACGGCCCCUUCCAAGGGCUCCCAACCUACCCCAACACCCCUGAGCACACCAACCUGACUGCCGUGGUGACUGGUGCAAAUGGGCUAUCCGGUUACCAUAUGGUCCGGGUGCUGGCAGCAGCGCCUGAGCGCUGGAGCAAGAUCUACUGCCUGUCCCGUCGGAUGCCACCCUCCAACUUCUUUACUGAUCUGGGUGAUGGUGCAGAGAGGGUCGAGCAUAUCUCGGUUGAUUUUCUCUCAGAGACGUCGGAGAUUGCGAGUCGUUUGAAGGAGAUCCCUAAAGUAGACUACAUCUUCUUCUUCUCGUACAUGCAGCCACCACAGGACGGCAACGUCCUAGGAAUGUGGUCGGAUGCUGAGGCCAUGACCAAGGUCAACUCAACCCUCCUCACCAACUUCCUCAACGCCCUCCAACUCACAACCCUCCAACCAAAGCGCAUCCUCCUCCAAACAGGCGCAAAGCAAUACGCCUUCCACAUCGGCCCCCCAACAAACCCCUCCUUCGAAUCCGACCCCCGCGUCCCCCUCGAAUCAAACUUCUACUACCCCCAAGAAGACACGCUCUCCUCAUACUGCACCGCAACAGGAAGCAGCUGGACCGUCGCGCGCCCCUCAUACAUAAUCGGCGCCGUCCGCGACGGCGCCCUAAACCACAUGAUCGGACUGGCAAUCUACGCAGCGAUCCAAGCACACUUGCACAAACCGCUGGAUUUCCCCGGCGACUAUGGAGCAUGGGACCGCGAGUUCUGCCAGAGCACGGGUCUGCUGAAUGCGUAUUUCGAGGAGUGGGCUGUUUUGAGCCCCGACGCUCACAACCAGGCGUUUAAUAUCCAGGAUGGACUGCCGUUUACGUGGGGAAGGUUCUGGCCGCUUCUGGCGGAGUGGUAUGGCGCGGCUUGGUGCCCGCCUGAGGUGGAUGGGGCGAAGUAUAGGGUUACUGAGUCGAGAUAUGCGGAGACGCCGAGGGGGUAUGGUCCUACAGGCAUCACGCGCUCCACAUUCAGCCUGCAAGAAUGGUCUGCGCUCGACUCGGUUCAGACGGCCUGGGCGGAGCUGCGUGAGGAGCACGACCUGGUUCUCGACCCGUUCACGGCCCAGAACCGCGCGCAGAUCUUCGGCAUGACGGACUCGGCGGUCAUUGGGGGCUGGGCUCUUUCGUUGAGUAUGCGCAAGGCCAGGAGCAUGGGGUUCUUGGGGACUGUGGAUUCGUACGAGACUAUGAGGAUUGCUGUGCGGGAUUUGGCGAGGUUGAAGCUUGUGCCGCCGAUGAAGGGGGAGUGGGGUGCAGCUGUGUAG